AUGCCAAUCAAGCUGAACCCUCCAUGGAUCGGAAUCGCUGUACCGACGUUUUUAAUAGGCUUCAUUGGUUACUCGUCACAUUACUUUAUUCUGUCUAACUUUGCCUCUAAGGGGCAGCAAUGGUCUUUUCAAUUCACGCUUAUAAUGACAUGGAUCUCUUACAUUAUGGCCAUUUACACCAAACCUGGAAACCCUCCUGAUGAGUUUACUCCUGGGCCAAGACAAUGGAAGAACUUUUGCAAAAAAUGCAAGAACUUCAAGCCGGAGAGAACGCAUCAUUGUAAAUCAUGCAAGCAGUGCGUACUAGUAAUGGACCAUCAUUGUCCCUGGACGAUGAACUGCGUUGGAUAUCAAAACUUUCCACAUUUUAUGAGAUUUUUGAUAUGGGUUAUUAUAACGACGCUGUUCUUGGAGUAUUUGCUACUCAAGCGUAUCAUUAUGCUCUGGCAGUCGCGACAUUCUCGCAUUUUUGUCUACAAAAGCGAACUCUGCUUGCUAACAGUCAACGCGCCGUUAAAUGCGUUUAUAUGGCUCACUAUAAGCUUGCUAUUUGCAAGGUGUAUCGUUAAUCAAGGUUUAAGCGGCAUGACUCAAAUCGAGAGCUGGGAGCAAGAGCGCAUAGAGAAUCUUUUUUACCGAAAGCGGCUAAUUCCACAACUGAUUGAGAAUCUGAGAGAAGUGUUUCCAGAGGGAAGCCCGAUGGAUGUUGAGGGAGCUACAGAACUGCUUGUCAAUCGAGACGUCCAAUUGAUAGAUAUGGUGAAUUUUCCUUACGAUCGCGGCUUCAUCAAGAAUUUGAGAUUUUUUAUGGGUCCUUUCUAUACAUGGCUUAUUCCAUGGAGCGUACCCACAGAGAGUGGCUUCACAUUCCAGUUGAAUGAUCUGGCGAUGUACGAUUCCUCUUCACCUCUGGAGGAUCGGUUAAUGGCACUUCCUUGGCCGCCAGAUCGUGGCUUUCUAAAGCUGGAUGUUGAGACCAAUUGCUCAUCAUCAAAUCUCACCGUGGGUAAUACCCGCGGGGAAACUGUUCUUAAGAAAAGGCUUACAGAAUUCCAAACCGAUCUAGGUAGAGUGCAGUGGGAAAAUGAGUGGGGGGAAACUUUGUCAGACUUUGGUGUGGAUAUUGAAGCAGAGAAUUGA